AUGGUGCUCGCGGCCCCGCUGCUGCUGGGUUUCCUGCUCCUCGCCCUGGAGCUGCGGCCCCGGGGGGAGGCGGCCGAGGGCCCCGCGGCGGCGGCGGCGGCGGCGGCGGCGGCGGCGGGGGCCGGGGGGCAGCGCUCGAGCCGGCCGGCCCCGUCCGCGGCGCCCGAGCCCGACGGCUGCCCCGUGUGCGUGUGGCGGCAGCACAGCCGCGAGCUGCGCCUGGAGAGCAUCAAGUCCCAGAUCCUGAGCAAACUGCGGCUCAAGGAGGCGCCCAACAUCAGCCGCGAGGUGGUGAGGCAGCUGCUGCCCCAGGCGCCGCCGCUGCAGCAGAUCCUGGACCUGCAAGACUUCCAGGGCGACGCGCUGCAGCCCGAGGACUUCCUGGAGGAGGACGAGUACCACGCCACCACCGAGACUGUCAUUAGCAUGGCCCAGGAGACCGACCCUGCGGUGCAGACAGACGGCAGCCCUCUUUGCUGCCAUUUCCACUUCAGCCCCAAGGUGAUGUUCACAAAGGUACUGAAGGCCCAGCUGUGGGUGUACCUCCGGCCUGUGCCCCGCCCAGCCACAGUCUACUUGCAGAUCUUGCGACUGAAACCGCUAACUGGGGAAGGGACUACAGGGGGAGGGGGCGGAGGCCGGCGUCACAUCCGUAUCCGCUCACUCAAAAUUGACCUGCACUCACGCUCCGGCCACUGGCAAAGCAUCGACUUCAAGCAAGUACUACACAGCUGGUUCCGCCAGCCGCAGAGCAACUGGGGCAUCGAGAUCAACGCCUUCGAUCCUAGUGGCACAGACCUGGCUGUCACCUCCCUGGGGCCGGGAGCUGAGGGGCUGCACCCCUUCGUGGAGCUCCGAGUCCUGGAGAGCACAAAGCGGUCCCGGCGGAACCUCGGCCUGGACUGCGACGAGCACUCGAGCGAGUCCCGCUGCUGCCGCUACCCGCUCACGGUGGACUUUGAGGCUUUUGGCUGGGACUGGAUCAUCGCCCCGAAACGCUACAAGGCCAACUACUGCUCGGGCCAGUGCGAGUACAUGUUUAUGCAGAAGUACCCGCACACCCACCUGGUGCAGCAGGCCAACCCGAGGGGCUCUGCCGGGCCCUGCUGCACACCCACCAAGAUGUCCCCCAUCAACAUGCUCUACUUCAACGACAAGCAGCAGAUUAUCUACGGCAAGAUCCCUGGCAUGGUGGUGGAUCGCUGUGGCUGCUCCUAA